GUUUACAGUUCAUGCCUUGACAAAGAACAGGCCGUGCCUUUUGUCAAUACAAGUGUGGUUGCACCAUCUAAACCGGCCAAAGACUUUCUCAAGAUGACRUCUGUGUCGCCACUGGAAAAGGAAGUGAAUAAUUGCAAUCCUGGCGAGCUUUAUUCCAAGCUCUUUGACGAAGUAGAGAAGAUAAAGUGCUGGAAAGUCAAAGCUGAUGCUGACAUAACCCAGAAAGAAAGAAAACUACAAGAUAAUAUGAAAACCAUUGAAACUCAGCGCCAAGCCAUUCAGGAAUUGCAAUUUGGCAAUGAAAGUCUUAGCAUAAAGCUGGAAGAACAGAUCAGUGAAAAUGAGAAUCUAAGGAACAAAAGCAAUGCAACAAGGAAUUUGUGUAAUAUUCUCAAAGAAACCUUUCAGUGGUCCUCAGAGAAAAUGAAUUUAUUUGAAUCUGAAAGAGAAGAAACUCAUCAACUCUUCAUGAAAAAUAGUGAGCAUAUUAAGGAACUAAUUGCAGAGUUUGAUGGCCUUCGGAUUCGAGUGGAAGCUGAAAAACAAGAGAUUCAAAAAGUCAAAAAGGACUUGCUGGAGUUGGAAGCCCUUAAAGAAAAACACCAACAAGCACACAUGAUGAAAAAUGAAGAGAUUGCAAAGCUUCAAACUAAGCUUCAGGACAAGAAAGAUGAGCUACAAAAAGCCCUGUUUGACCUCAGUCAAACUCAGACAAACUGCAAACAACUUCAGGACUUAACAAAUCAGCAGUUAGAACUUCUCCAAAGCUUGAAAGCUGAAAAAGAAUCCGUUCUUCAAAAACUGCACAUUGCCAAGCAGCACUGCACAGAAACUGAGAAAAUAAACGAAACUACAGCUGCAGCCCUGGAACAGUAUAAAAGAGAAUGUGAGAAGAUGAUCCAAAGCAAAGAUCUCAGCAUUCAGGAGCUCAGCAGAGCAAAGAUUCAGCUGACAGAGAAACUGGAGACGACUGAAGCAACACUUCAAGAGCUAAAGACUUCACAUUCUCUGGAGAGAGAGAGCACCAAGGAUCUUAAAGAUAAACUACUAACAAACAGUGACGAGCUUGAUAAAAGAACUAAACUUUUAGAAGAGAUUAAGAAGCAGGCGGCAUUGCAAAGUGAUCAGAUCAAAAUCCUUGAAGACGAACUUGACACCAGAUCAAAAACUAUUGAGUCUUUUAAGAGCCAGAUUGAUGUCUUUGAGAGCAGAGUCAAAGAACUUGUUGCUGAACUUUCACUGAAAACUGAAGAAACUGAGAUGUUAAAGGUCAAAAUGCAGGAGCUGGAAGGACAGUUUUCUGCUGAAACAAAGAAAAAUAAAGAAUGUACCUCUGAGAUGGAGCAGCUACAGAAAGCUAUCUUGCAGCAUGAAGACAGUUAUGAAAAGCUGCUGACAAAUUUUGGCAAGCUGCAGUCUGAGAAGACAUCCUGUCAACAAGAGUUUGAAAGGGAAACACAAAAACUGGAAGCAGAAAAYCAAUGUUUAAGAAAUGAAUUAAACAGUAUUAAAACCAGCAUCCAAGGAGUAUGUGAAGAAGCUGAAAAUGUUCAGAGAAAAAAUGAAGAAACUUGUAACGAUCUGGAGGAGAAAAUCACAGAGAAAGAGAAACAGAUCAAAGCUGUUGAAGGAAAGCUUUGCAAUCUGAGGAAGAAAUUUGAGAAUAAAUUUCAAGUGCAAGAGGAGUACAAGAAAAAGAAUAAAUUGCUURAAAAACAAAUAGCAACGGAGACCACUAAAUCCAGACAUCUGGAAAAAAUGAUCAACAAGCUUCAAGAAGAGUCAGAGAAUUUUAAGCAACUGAAAGAACAAGACUGUCAAAAACUGAUCAGAGAUCUUGAUUCCAAGUCAACCUCAACAGCAGAACUUGAAAAUGAGGUUCAAAGACUCAGAUUAGCAGCAGCCGAAGCUGUGAAGAACAAGGAAGAUGCAGAACUCAAGUGUCAGCACAAGAUUGCUGAAAUGGUUGCACUGAUGGAAAAACAUAAAAGCCAGUAUGAUCGUUUGGUUGAAGAGAAGGAUGCAGAACUUAAUCAAAAUAAGAACAAAGAGAUGGAAGCAGUUUCUCGUGCAAAAUCACUGGAGGUGGACCUAUCAAAACAGAAGACAGAAAACGAGCAGCUGAUGAAACAAUUGAAGACAGAGGCAACAGAGAAAGAAACUCUACAAAAAGAAGUAGCAGAUUUGAAGAGAGAAAUUGCUGCUAAAAUCAAACAAUCAUCAGAAACGAGGAACAAACAGUCUCCUGUCUCAAACUAUAAACUGGGACAAUAUCCAGAAACUCCUGAGAAGAGCUCCUUAAAGAAUUACAAGUUCGACUUCAAGAUCAGAAAAACUCCCAACAGCAGCAAUGUUGGUUGUUCUUCAGAUUUUAAGAAAGCUAUGUCUGCCACGAGCAUAACCACAACACCAUGUAACAUGACUCAAAAAACAAAGCACAUUUUCAGUGGAGAUAUAAAAACCCUGGGAGGUGAUACCAACAAGAUCAGUGGGACAUCAAAGAUCAAAUCCUACAGAAUAAAGACUCCUCCUUCUACUGAAAAGGCAGGACGUUGGGGGAAGCAGGCCAUUGAUCUUGACCCAAAGUCUGACAGCUCUGAUAAUAUCGAUCUAUUGACAUUUUCAGAAACACCAGCACCAACUCUGUCUGUUCCACAGCGCAAAAUCUUCAAAAAGAUGCAAAGCCCAGUCACCCUUUUUUCACCUGGGAGCUCUUCAAAGAUGGCUGCAAUGAAACGAAUGAGAGAUGCUGGUUGGACUGCAGUGACAGGUCAUGACAAGAAGAAGAAGAAAAACAAGGAUAAGAUAUUUGCCUGAGUAUUUCCAUCACAGGUCACAUAAAAUGUGAUAGCAAUUUUAGGUAGUUGUAGGUGUCGUAAGUAAUUAGCUUACAUUAACCUACAUUACAGUGAAAAGUCUUAAUAAACAUUUAUGGUGUUGUCAUAGUCAAUCACACAGUUAGCAAUAGGAGGGUUUGAAGUUCACAUCACAUGUUGUUUUGCUUAUUAUUCUUGAUAGUAAAAUUUAAAUAUGUAUAGAUACAAUCUUUGAGCAUUUCAGAAUUUAUAUUACACUUUAAGCAAGUUUGAUUUUCAUUUUGCAGGUAGACUUAAGUGAAAUUUGAGACUACAUGAUUGUUUUUGCAAAAUGUUCACUUGUAGGUAGAUGGUCAAGUAUCUACCGAUACAUAUUUUUUGAGGUUUUCAGAAUUUUCUUCAGGUUUUUCACUUGCAUAAGUACAUUUUUUUCUGUCGUUAAGACUGGCAUGUGUUAACAUGAAAGCUAACUUAAAUUUACAUUUUGUAUUGUUAUUAUACAAGCUAUAGUUACAGUAUGUUCAAUCUUGAUAUAUGUAAGUAUCUUUGUAUUGACAGUGUUAGAAGCAAAAACAAAAAAAAAAGUGUUUAAAGUAUUAUUCUAGUGUUACCAGACAAUAUUACUGUCUGUAAUGUUUUCCUUUAUUGCUUUUUGUUGAUGUGAUGAAAUGAAAUUGCAGUUUAGAAAUUACUUGUAGAUGUAAAAAUUGAGUUUAAUUUGUAUGAUCUAAGCAUCAAAAAUGGCAGUCAAAUUUGUAGGAAUAAAGAUAUCUGUUUAUUGAAGAAACUCAAGGCGAAACUGAGAUGGUUCUGAAGGAAUUGGUGGUACAUUAUCAUAAAUCGGAUGGCCAUCAUAUAGUCCUCCAGAAAUCACAAGUGUGUCAUCRUCAGCCACAAAUCCAUCUGUUGAAAAUUUAAUAUGUGUUUAUCUACUGUUAGUAAAUAAAUACUUGGCAUUUACCAAAUAA